AUGUCUGAAACUCACAGUUUCAAAGGAGGGUUCUUCCAAUACCACAAAGUCAUGCUGAUGAAAAGUCUAAACCUAAUACUCGAAAGAGCAAACACACGAGCUUUAGCGGCUGGAGAUUCCUUUUCCCCCAGCGAAAUGUUGCCUAUAGCACAAAAAUUACUAAGCAAAGUGGAACCAGGAAAAGGACAUGGUUUUGUAAGUUCUACACUUAGUCCUCAGGAGCUUGCAGAUAAGUUGUUUGAAGCAUUCUUUGCGACUACAAAAAGAAUCGUCUUUUUGAACGACGAAGAUUUACCUGGAAUUGAUGCUCUACAAGCCUUAGCAUUGAGUGGAGAAAUUGCUGAUUCAAAGCAAGAUUUAAUUGUUGUAACCGAGCCCGGAGAAAUCAUGUAUUUAAGAGUCGUCUCAAAACCCGUGGAUAAACAAGCCGCCAGGAGUUCGGGCAAGUCUAAUCGAAGAAGAAUUAAUCUUGCAAGAUAUUUAAAUAAGAAAAGGCAUUUAAUUGUUAACCAACAACGACGUAAGAACAGAGUAAAAAAAGUAACGGACUACAGUGAGAGCAAAAAGACAAAGGUUACAACGCAGUUAAUGAAAAACGGCAAAUCUAACGCUACCGUAAUCGAGCAUUGUCGUUGGAAAUACGGAUGUAGUGAUAUAGUUAAUCUUGAUACUUGCCGUAUACGUUCAGUAUGCGCAAAUGUAACAACAAAUAAAACUGAUGGUAGGUUUUUGUAA